AUGGCUGUUGAGAAAACCAAACCACCUACAGCCCAGACUGAAGGCUCCACAAGACAGACAAUGGCAUCAACGGAGCCAUGGCGGCUAGCAAUUGUCAUCACGUCCUUGUGCUGUGGAACCUUCCUGGUUGCUCUCGAUACUACAAUCAUCAGUGUCGCUGUGCCUAGUAUCGCAACGACCUUUCAGGCUUUUGAAGAUGUGGGCUGGUAUGGCUCAGCCUAUCUUCUGACCGUAACAGCCUUCCAACCCGCUUUCGGCAAUGUGUUUCAGCUUUUUGACGCGAAAGAAACCUACCUGAGUGUCGCAGUAUUGUUUGAAGUGGGAUCUGUACUAUGCGCCGCUGUUCCGAAUUCUACGGUCUUCAUCGUCGGUCGAGCGAUCACGGGCAUCGGUGCGGCUGGAUUAUAUCAAGGCGCGCUCAGCAUCGUCGGACUAAGCGUCCCGUUGGAGCAACGACCGAUGUAUUUGGGAAUAGUCCUGAGCGUGUUUGGUAUCGCGGCAUGCUUGGGCCCACCACUGGGAGGGAUUCUCACACAACACCUGACCUGGCGUUGGUGCUUCUGGAUUAACCUACCCAUCGGCGGAGUGUCCAUUUUCCUGGUCUUAUGCUUCCUGAAACUUAACGACCGUCGCUCCAAGCCGGCAUCCUCGAUUCUCACGCGUAUCUGGUCAUUGGAUCUGAUCGGGGUCACUUUGACGAUUACCUGGGUGUCCUGCUUAAUCCUAGCCCUGCAAUUCGGAACUAGCUCCAGCAACUGGCGCUCGUCCAAGGUGAUCGGCCUAUUUGUCGGUGCAGGACUGCUUCUGAUCGCAUUUUUCCUCUCCCAAUGGCGCCAAGGGGAGCGAAGCACCAUUCCAGUUCGUAUUGCACGCCAACGGUCCGUAUUAAUGGGGGCUCUUUUCUCCUUUUUUCUGGAGAUCAGUAUUUACGUGACGCUCUACUAUAUCCCCUUCUACUUCCAAUCCGCUCAACUAGUCUCCCCAACUGUCAGCGGCGUCCGAGGAAUUCCUCUGGGCGUUUCGCAGAUCGCCGCAGUCGUCCUUGCCGGGGUCCUGGCUUCGAUGACAGGGCAUUACGUUCCCUUCAUGGUCCUGGGCCAAGUUGUAUCCAUCGUCGGCCACGUCUGCCUGACCAAACUCGAAGUCGGCACCUCGACCGCGCUAUGGGCGACCUUCCUCGUUAUCGCAGGAGUGGGUCAUGGUUUGGGGCUUCAGAUGCCUUUCACAGCAGUCCAGGUCGUUCUGAACGAUGAUGAUGUUCCAGUCGGAAAUGCAAUCAUUGUUUUCUUCUCCCAACUCGGCGCCGCCAUAUCUAUCGCCAUUGGACAAAAUAUCUUGGAAACGAGCAUCGCGCACCAAGUUCACCACCACUCCAACCUCCCCAUCACCGCUGAGACAGUCAUCGCUGCCGGUCCGACCGGUCUACAAUCACUCACCAGUGACGCGACUAUCCUCCGCGCGCUGCAAGAUGCUUAUGCCUACGGAAUCCGAGCAGUAAUGUAUUUUGGGUUGGCGGGCUCGUGCGUGGCGGUCCCAUUCGCGCUAGGUAUGGAGUGGCGCAAUGUUAAGAAAGAGGCGGCCAGGCGGAAAAUGGUGGAGGAGCAGACUGUGAAUCGGGAUGAGGAUAAAAUGAACCCUAGUAACUAGUGAAAC